UCGCUAUCUUGCGCAGAUAUGUGUAGAUAUCGCUGCCUCGCAGGUCGUAGCUCAGCUGAUGUAUAUGUCUCCCAUCUUCCUUCAAAGGAAGCGUUGAUUGGAUUGCACUUUAAGCCUUUUAAGGUAAAUUUGAUCAAACCAUCUCUGGAUGCCAUAGGAAGGAAGCAGGCUAUUUGGUGCAUAGACUGCCAUUAAGGCAAGUAUUAACAAGGCCGGCAGUGUAAUUGAAGAAGAUCUUGCCAGGAAGCUAAGGAAACAGCUCAAUGUUGGCUCCGUUGCUGCUUUUGUCGUCUAUUAUUUUAGCAUGUGCAAGCAAUGGAAGUGCUGGUGUGACUAGCUCAUUUAUUCGCCAUGAGUGGCCAUCUAUCGAUAUUCCUCUAGACAAUGAAGCUUUUGCCGUUCCUAAAGGCUACAAUGCCCCACAACAAGUUCACAUUACGCAGGGAGAUUAUGACGGGAAGGCUGUUAUAAUCUCAUGGGUAACAACUGAGCAACCAGGAUCCAAGAAAGUUCAAUAUGGCUUAUCGGAAGGAAAGUAUGAUUUUACAGCAGAAGGGACAGUGCAAAACUACACGUUUUACAACUAUAAAUCCGGAUAUAUUCAUCAUUGUUUAGUUGAUGGUCUUGAGUACAACACAAAAUAUUAUUACUUGAUUGGGGAUGGAGAUUCUUCCAGGAAGUUUUGGUUUCAAACACCUCCAGAAAUCAAUCCAGAUGCUUCUUACAAAUUUGGAAUAAUUGGUGAUCUUGGUCAAACCUAUAAUUCUCUGUCAACCCUUGAUCAUUAUGAACAGACUGGUGCACAAACAGUCUUGUUUGUAGGAGAUCUUUCAUAUGCUGAUAGGUAUGACAAGCAUGAUGUUGGUGUUCGCUGGGAUUCUUGGGGUCGUUUUGUUGAGAAAAUAACAGCUUAUCAACCAUGGAUCUGGACAGUUGGAAAUCAUGAAAUUGAGUACUUUCCACAUCUGCAAGAAGUCAUACCUUUCAGAAAUUAUAUCCACAGAUAUCCGACGCCUCAUCUCGCUAGCGAAAGCAGUAGUCCAUUAUGGUAUGCCGUGAGACGAGGAUCUGCACAUAUCAUCGUCUUGUCCAGCUACUCUCCAUUUGUAAAAUACACUCCUCAGUACAUUUGGCUUCAGCAAGAAUUAAAAAAAGUCGACAGGGAAAAGACUCCCUGGCUUAUUGUUCUGAUGCACGCCCCAAUUUACAACAGCAACGAUGCUCAUUACAUGGAAGGCGAAAGCAUGAGAGAUGUAUUUGAGAGCUGGUUUUGUGAAUAUAAAGUUGACGUUAUCUUCGCCGGCCAUGUCCACGCCUAUGAAAGAUCGUACCGUGUCUCAAGACUGCCGGAUUCCUCCAACCCUUUACCGAACAAAUUAGCCCCUGUCUACAUCACUGUCGGGGACGGAGGAAAUCAGGAAGGUCUUGCUAAAAGGUUUAGGGACCCCCAACCGGAUUAUUCUGCUUUCCGUGAAGCCAGCUAUGGCCAUUCUACACUAGAGAUAAAGAACAGAACUCAUGCCUUCUACCAUUGGAACCGGAAUGAUGAUGGAAAGCGCGUCCAAACCGAUUCAUUCAUCCUCCACAACCAAUACUGGGGAAGCCAUCAUAGGAGGAGGAAACUGAAGAAGAAGCGUGUCCGGGCUUUCUCGACUGAUAUUAAAAGCCAUCUUCGCUCGUCAAGAAUCAAUAUGCGACGCCCUGUCGAGAGCUUCUGAGCUCGGCUUGCAAGCUGCUCUUGCUUGAAAAGGUGCAUAGCUAGUUCAUUUCUUGCGCCUCUGUGUGUGUAUGUAUAUCAUAUUGUAUCUGAUUACAUGUGUUUGUAUUAUAUGUUGUAAUAAAGAUCGGUUCUCAGUGUCUCUCUUGACAUAAGAGAGAUUACUUACUGAUCUAAUUUGAUUAAAUUGGGUAAAUGUGGUUAAGCCUUUACAUUCUACCUUAUAUCUUUUGUAUUGUCCUUUUCCA